GUUCAGUCAAUGUGGAAAACACAUGAGAUAGUGGUAAUUUGUGUAGUUCAACAGAAGUUAAGCGUUUACAUUACUUUUAAAACAUUUGAGCUGUUUACGAGUCUUGACGUGGCUAAUUGAUAUUCCGUUUCAAUAGUUUCUUAAUGCGGGAUAGAUAAAAGUAUACAACAUUUUCUUGGAGUGUUUCAUCUUGCUGUUGGGAUGUCUCUGUUUCUUGUAAACAGGUAUCUUGGAGAGGAGGAAAAUGGGAGCGUCUCGAAGGAGUCUCGGUCUCAGGCGUUACUGGCUAAACUACAGCAGAAGGCAAAAGAGAAGCAGAAACAGAGUUUUAACAGAAAAGAGACAACACCCCAAGUCGAGGAAAAGAAGAACAAGACGGGUGCAAAUGAGAAACGGAAAGAAGAAAAAGGAUCAGUCAGUUCGGGAGGAUUUGAGAACAAACCUGUCCAAAAGGUGCACAGAGUCCUGCCUCAGUGGCUUGCUCAGCCUGAUGUGAUUCAGAGAGACAUUAAAGGCAACCUGGUGCCCAUCUCUGACAUCCCCGGACUUUCUGCUUUGCUUGCGAAAAAACUACAUAAUGGAAUUGAGCACCUUUUUCCAGUGCAAGCAGAGGUAAUCCCGGCCAUCUUGGAGACACAGCAGGGGCUGCUGAUUGGACGAGGCGGCUACAUGCCUGGAGAUAUUUGUGUGUCUGCACCGACGGGCAGCGGCAAGACUCUUGCUUUUGUCAUACCUGUCAUCCAGGUGCUGAUGGAGCGGGUGGUGUGUGAAGUCCGGGCUUUGGCUGUGUUGCCGACCAAAGAGCUCGCCCAGCAGGUUUGCAAAGUGUUCUCUUCAUACGCUGAGGGAACCUCUCUGAAAGUGGUGAUGCUGGCUGGCCAGAAGUCUUUUGCUGCAGAGCAGACUUCACUCUCAGAACAAAGAGGAGGCGUGAGUCGCAGUUUAGCAGACAUUGUUGUGGCCACUCCGGGUCGACUGGUCGAUCACAUCUACAAGAAUUCAGGCUUUAGUCUGGAACACCUCAGGUUUCUUAUUAUUGACGAGGCUGACCGGAUGAUUGACAGCAUGCACCAGUCUUGGCUCAGCCAGGUGGUGAAGGCGGUGUACAGAUCAGGAAGUGGAGCAGAAGCCAUGUCCAUCUUCAGGCGGGCUGAGCCAGCCCAUGUCACAGCAGCAAGUCUGUCUCCACCUCAGAUGCCGCUGCAGAAGCUGCUGUUUUCUGCCACACUUACACAGAACCCAGAGAAGCUGCAGCAGCUGGGCCUCCACCAGCCCAGACUGUUCAGCUCCAUCCACAGUCACUCCAGCACCAUCAGCAGCAGCACCACAGCAGCAUCCCCCACCCAGAAACAAGGCUGCUUUAACUUCCCACAAGGUCUGACGGAGUAUUAUGUUCCCUGUACGUUAAGCAAGAAGCCCCUCCUCCUCUUCCACUUCAUUCUGCGGAUGAAGCUCAGCCCCAUCCUCUGUUUCACCAACUCCAGAGAGACGGCACACAGACUUUAUCUGCUGGUGCAGCUCUUUGGUGGAAUUCAGGCAGCUGAGUUCUCCUCCCGACUCUCUCCUGCUGAGAGAAAGAAGACGCUGAAGAAGUUUGAACAAGGAAAGCUGGAACUGUUGAUCAGCACAGACGCAGCUGCCAGAGGCAUCGACAUCAACGGGGUCAAAUGUGUUGUGAAUUAUGAUGCACCGCAGUACAUCAGGGCGUACAUUCACAGGAUUGGAAGAACAGCAAGAGCAGGGAAAACAGGGCUGGCCUUCACCUUUCUGCUCGGAGUACAGGAGAAGAACUUCCUUCAGAUGGUGGUGGAAGCAGGAACGCCCGGGAUUCAAAAGCAGAUCGUCAAACCAGAGAACCUGAAGGGUAUGGAAGCCCGAUAUGAACAAACCCUGCAGGAGCUGGGCAACAUCAUCAAGGGUGAGAAAGCCAAAUAAUGGAGCAACACUGACAUUCUCCUCUGAGCUGACAUCUGUCCCUCAAAAGACCACAUUGCCUUUUUUUUCAGCUGUACUUGGAAUUAAUGAUGUUUUAAUAAAACAUAAAAUGUC